CUAGUCUGAGAUCGUCCAUGUUGGUUUGCGAGAGAACCCGCCCAGUGGAAAUCUGUAGUUUGUGGGAAGCAAGUGACGGGAGGUUGCCAUUUCAGGGUUGUGCAAGUGAUUAAUUUAGUUUUUAAACAGCAGUUCAUUGAAAGUUCCGGAUUAUGCAGGCCAUCAAAUGCGUCGUCGUCGGCGACGGAGCCGUGGGUAAAACAUGUCUGCUUAUCAGUUACACCACCAAUGCCUUUCCUGGAGAAUAUAUACCGACUGUAUUUGACAACUACUCUGCUAAUGUGAUGGUUGAUGGGAAGCCAAUCAAUCUAGGCCUUUGGGAUACUGCUGGUCAGGAAGAUUACGAUCGUCUGCGACCCCUCUCGUACCCACAGACAGAUGUCUUUUUAAUUUGUUUCUCACUUGUCAAUCCAGCCAGUUUUGAAAAUGUCAGAGCCAAGUGGUAUCCAGAAGUGCGCCAUCAUUGUCCAAAUACUCCCAUCAUUCUGGUUGGAACGAAGCUUGAUUUACGAGAUGAUAGAGAAACUUUAGAUAAGUUGAAAGACAAGAAACUCACUCCUAUUUCUUAUCCUCAGGGAUUGUCUAUGGCUAAGGAAGUUGGAGCCACCAAAUACCUUGAAUGCUCAGCCCUCACCCAGAAAGGCCUGAAGACUGUGUUCGAUGAAGCUAUCCGUGCAGUUCUGUGCCCCCUACCCCGACCGCCUAGGAAGCGCAAAUGUACCCUUCUCUAAAACCUCAAGAUUUUUUCUAGGCAUUGAUGAGAUUUUUGUUUGUAUUGUUAUAUUGAAAAGAGGAAGAUGGUAGACUUUUAUGGCAAUAGAUAAAUCUUGUUCAAGAGUCUAUAUAUACAGUUGUAAAUGUUGGAGUUUACCUUUUUUUGUUACCCAUAGUUUUAUUUGUAGCUAAGGAAUUAAAUCAUGGUUUAUUGGACAGUGUAUCUGAAUGGAAGUAUUAAUUGGUUUACAGUUAAUGAAAGCAUAUCAUUAGCCUUAAAUGCUCUUUAGGGGGAUUCAGCCCUUAUACAAAUGUUGCUUAACCUCAGACAGAGGUUUAAGUGUAUAUUUUGGGAAAUGUUGAAUGGAAAUUUAGUGAAGUAGUUCAUGAAUUGCCCUAAAUUCUUCCAUCUUCCCUUUAGACUUGGUGAUCAUAGGGGCCACUCCUGAUUUAUCUACUGAUAACAUACAGCAGUGUGCAAGAGUACUUUAGUUGCUGUAAUUUGAUAAUGCAAAGGCAGUUGUCCCACAAUGAUUGCAGAGUGCAAACUUUGUAGCAUCUCAAUGUUAGCUGUUUAUAUUCUAGCAACACCUUGUGAUGCUCUUGAAUCAAGUUGCAGUAUAUUUUGUAUUAGCUUGAAAAGGAUAAUUUUAUGGAGGAAGAGAUCAAGAAUAUAAAUGUGUGCAGACAGUGUUUCUUUGGUUCAGCCACAUUGUCCAACCCCAAGACCCUACCCAAAUAUUUUGUAAUUUAUUUAUGAUAAAUAAUUUAAUUAAAAGUAGUUCUAUCUUUCAUUGUAUGGUCUUGAGCACAGGGUAUUUUGUAAGUUUUAAUAUUUUCUUAAUUAAAAUGGAUCAUAGGCAUUCACUUGCAUAAAACCAAAUUUCUUAUUUUCACACAUUAGUUAACAAGAUGUCAUGUGCUAAGACAAAAGUUAUAUUUUUAUUAAAAAUUAAAUAUAACUUUUAUUUUCAAACAAAAAUUAUGUACCAAAAGGGAACAUUUGUCUGCAUUAAUUCUGAAGCUAGUGCAUAUGUGUAGGGUCACCUAGCACAAACUGCAAAACUGCUUUAAUGAUAAAAAGUAGGUAUGGAAUAGCCAUAAGUAUCUGUGAUUAUCAUCUGUAUUGUUUAUAUUUUAGGAAGUUGUCACUGUGUCUUGCAGUUUGGAUUGCUUGACUACUGAAUCCAUGGGUAGGGUCGUAUGUAUGCAGUGAUUGUAAGCCAAGUUGCUAAUACCCUUGAAGUGAGCAUUGCAGUUCAUCUCAUGGUACAUCAACGAUGAUUCAGCUAAGUAGAGUAUUUAACAUUGAACUCCUCACAUUCCUGAAAUUGCUUCACGCAGGAUACUUAAAGCAAUUAUUAGAUACUGUAAAUGAUACUAAGUUUACUGAAAUUGUACUUGGUUGUUGUUUAUGGUGAGCAGUCUCCUUUACAAUUACAACAGUAGUUGAUUUGGGCAGAACACCUAGUUGAUUACCAUCCAGUUGGUAGUAUAUCAUUCAUUUGUUUUGUGCGUGUAUAAGUGAGGAGUCUUUGGAAUUUGUCUGCUUUCAUUAGCCACUUCAUUACAUCCAGAAUCAUGAAUAUCUCAUGAAGUCAUUGCAUGUUUCAUUGUUGUUGUUCUAAGUUGCUUAACUCUUUAAGUGUUGAUAGUGAUGGAAAGAAAUCAUUGUAUAUAAUUUUAUAAUUGCCAUGAAGAACAUGUGAAAAAUGAAGAUUUAACAACUUUCAAAUAAAACUUUAUGCAUUUCUAGUGAAUUAUGCUAGUGUAUGGUAUAGACAUUGACAGUUGAUCAUAUUUUAUUUUUUUUUGUGAUAUAUCAAGAUGGAAACUUCAACAAACCUAUCUUGUCAAGUAAUGCUAUUUGCUCUGUAACCUUUGAUAGAAUGUGCUUAUGGUAUUUUAUAUGAAAAUCAUUUUUUCCGUUUUCAAUUGGAUAUACAGUGUUCCCCCGUAUUCGCGGGGGAUGUGAACCAGACACCUCCACGAGUAGUUAAAACCACCACUAAAAAUGCUUAUAACUGCCUAUCUUGAAAGUUCAGAUGCCAAAUGUAUACCUUUAAUAACAUCCUACUUCAAAUAUACCUAAAAUUACUGACCUAUUACUGCAUUAAUCUUUGAGGUUAUAUAUUAAUAUCAUUUUAAAGUCAUCUUAAACAUUUUACCUUUAAAAAUAUAUACCUACAGCAAAUAACAGAGAGAGAGAGACCAAUGAAUGGCAACAUCAUAUAUUUGACCCUCGAGAGAGAGAGAGAAUUAUUAUUUUUAUUAUGUGAUAUCAUUUAAACUUAUUAAACUUACUAAUACAGUAUUAAUCAAAAUUAAUAUUUGAAAAUUAGUAAAUCAUUUUUGUAUCAUAAAAAUGUAUUUAGUCAUGAAAAUAAACAUCAAAAUACACUAAUUAUUGAUUAUUGUCGUCGGAAAAUUCUGUGAAUGGGCGAGUCCGUCCGCGAAUAAUUUCUAGAUAGGUUCCAAAGAAAAAUCCGCGAAUGUGUGAGUCCGUGAAUCCGGAGAACGCGAAUAAGGGGGGAACACUGUAUAUGCUUUAAGGACUUUGUAAACAUGUUCCUAACACAAUGGAAGUAACAGUCUAAGUUUAGUGUUACUGGGGUUCUUUGAAUUUGAGGGUUGCUAGAAACUAAUCUUUGUCACUUUGUAAAGCUUGUCAUUUUAACACUGGUUUAUAAUAUAACUAUCAAGGAGGGUAGUUAUCAGAAUUACGUUCACUUGCUGGAAGCAUGAUUUUGUAUAGAGCAAAAAUACUAAUUGAAUUCCUAAAUUUGUGUAGUGGACACUUUUGAAUACCCUUGAUAAUGUUACGCAGCAAGUGCAUAAGCCUGCUCUGGUCUGGUCUUACAUUAAAAUUGUAGUUGUCGUUUUUAUUGAAUUAAUGUGCUAACUUCAAAAGUGUUAAGUUUUAAUUGUCUAAUACUGUAUUUCUAGUAUGUGCAUUAUUUUUUAAGUUAGUUUGAAAGUCCUUAAUAUGGAAAUUUGUAUAUUUAAUAUCCUGUGAUCUGGAGUAACUUUAGGAUUCCAUUUUCUUUGAAUUUCUCACUGGUUUCCUUAUACUACCUUUAGAUAUAUUUUUAUGAUCCCAAUGUUGCAAUUGGUAUGUAAACUCAUAGGUGCUACGGACAAGGUAUUCUCCGCAGAAUCUGGUUUUGCAAUGUUACCCCAAACUUGUAUUAUUAACACGCAGGCUACAUACAUCAUUGGCAUUUAAAGGUAAUUAUUGAAGGAUUUUUUUUAUAUAUAUAUAAAGAGCCUACUGCUAGAGCCAUGUUGGAAGUAAAGAUGACUUUCAAGCUCUUGAAGUAAACAUUUAAUAGCACAAGGGAAUUUGUAGCCUAUUUGUGCACAAAUUACAUUAACAUGUUAAAAAGUUUGUAAAGUGUUUUUACAUUUGUAAAUAGGGAUGUCAGAUAAAUAAAAUGUAUAAAUUUAAA